CAAUUCCAGAAAGUAUCACAAAAGCCCCUCAAGUUCCCCCACCCACCCGAGCGACAGCCAAUUGCUUAUAUGUACGAGAAAAUUUACAGACGUAAAAGGCUGCGAGCAAGCAAGACAAAAAUGGCUCUUUCUCUUCAGAGCUCUCCCUCUUGUGCACUGUAUCAUAGCUUGAAAAACCCAUCGGCAUCGUCUUCACUGCUUAAACGCACCCCCAUUAGUGGUGGACAUACAAGUAUUGGACCUCGGAGUAGUAAAUAUAGAAACAGAAAUGGGGUCGUAGCUUGUUUCUUCAAUCCACUGGAAGAACCCAUUCUCAAAGAAGCUCUUAAGGAGCCCCUCGCAUUCGCAGGUGGGAUUUUUGCUGGUCUUCUGAGGCUUGAUUUGAAUGAAGAUCCAUUGAAGGAAUGGGUUACCAGGACUGCAGAAGCUGCUGGAAUUGCAGAGGAAGAAAUCAAUGCUCAAGGCUCAAAGACUCAAGAAGAAGAAGUCCCAGAACAAAUUAAUAUUGAAUGAUGAGAAAUUUGGUCCUUGAUUUUUAUCAUAGUAGAGUAAAUUAUACAGUAUUUGAUCAAUUCAAAUGAUGGUUGCUUACAAGACCUCACUUUAUGUUAUUGGAAUAAACACAUCUGUGACUAAAGAAAACGAAGAAGAGUUAAAUUAGUAAGAAUGUUCCUACA